AUGCAACGCUACAGCAACCCGGAUGUAUUUUUCUGCCCUCUCUACAACGCCCCCGGUGUCGCCAACCCGAAGAUGCACAUUUGUGACCCGGAUGAAGACGUAGACGACAUUCUGCGGCCAUUGUCGGAAUGUAGCACUCCGGAACUCACAUCGUCGUCGUCGACCUCCAGCCCAUCGUCUUCUCGGGACAACUCGCUUUCCCCACCGCCUUCCUCUGCAAGCUCGGACACCGAACGGAAGAUACAAAUAUAUCGGCAAAUGUGCGAGAAGGCCGGCAAGAGCCUCCUCGACUUUGCGGCGGAAGUGGAAGGCCGCAGGAACUUGGACGGGAAGCGCAAGCAGCAAAUUGUGCAAACAAUGGUCAUCCAUGACCACGGCGCCCGAAACUGGCCUCCCCUUUCCGGAAACCGCAAGCGCCUACUAAUUACGGCCAACUCCCAUCUCGUCCGACGGACUCUGGCCAUUGAGCACCUGCGCGGAUGGAUCCCGGCAAUGCUAGGCGUCUACGCUAAGCGACCUGCCCAAACAGGCCACAUGACGGUCACAGGUCUGGAGCCCACGGCCCUCGCUGGCAUCACAGACGAGUCUGCGAUACACGCGUCUCGCACGUUCAUGGUUGUUGACAGUCCAUAUUGCAGGGAGAUGCGCUUGUACUCCUUUGCCACCCCCGACGAUCUUAAGAAGCAGGUCUGCGCAUACAACCCCACCCGCUUCGAGACAGCCCCGCCUACACCGCAUACGUAUGUCCCCUCCCUCCUUGCCCAGCCGUCGUGCACAUUUCACUCCAAGACCCGCCUGCAGCCCCACGACAAGAAGACAGUCUGCCCGGUCACCUUCGCCCCGUACGCCUACAAGCUCUAA